ACACACCAUUCCUGUCACAAUUAGUCACAGAGAUGCGCGUGGACAUGGCCUAAUUUUAAAAACGGUCUUUAUUGUGGCUCGUGCUGCUGUGGAGUAUGUCGUUUCUGUGUAAACAACCGGAGUAAGAGGAUCUCGUCUGGUGCUGUAUUCCCGUCAGAGCCCGUCACAUCCAGCUACAACCCAGAUUAGUAUCUGUGUCGCCCACCAUGUAUGGCUGCAGCCGCCCUCCAGGCUGGGCACGAGCUGUCUCGCGUCUUGUUUACGUUUGAAGAAGAGCUUGAAGAGUGUAACACAGGAGACACGGAUAUUUCAUUUUGUUACUGUAACCUCUACAAGACAGUACAGAUACAGAAGUCUCCCUCCAGUUUGACACAAUGGAUAUGUAUGCUGUACCCAACCCUGGGAUACCAGGCUGCCCAGCAGGGCUAGAAUACCUCACUCAGGUGGAUCAGUUACUCAUCAAACAGAAAGUUGAGAUUGUUGAAGCCCUUGUUGGUUUCGAGAGUAACAACAAAUAUGAAGUGCGUAACAGCAUGGGCCAGAAUGUAUUCUACGCCGUCGAGGAAAAUGACUGCCUGAGCCGGCAGUGUUGUGGUCCGAUGCGCUCCUUCACCAUUCACGUCCUAGAUAAUUUUGGACAAGAAGUCAUUACAGUCACAAGGCCGCUUAAGUGCAUGUCCUGCUUCUUCCCUUGUUGUCUACAAGAGUUGGAGAUUCAGUCUCCCCCUGGUAACACAGUGGGAUAUGUUAAACAACAGUGGCACCCGUUCUCCCCUAAAUUCAUCAUAGCAAACGAACACAGGGAGCCUGUGCUGAAGAUCCAUGGGCCCUUCUGUGGAUGGAGCUGCCUUCCAGAUGUUGACUUUGAGAUUUUGACGCUGGAUGAAGUCAGCAAAAUUGGGAAAAUCAGCAAGCAAUGGACAGGACUUCUUCGGGAAGCAUUCACAGAUACAGACAACUUUGGGAUCCAGUUCCCCAUGGAUCUGGAUGUGAGAAUGAAGGCUGUAAUGAUUGGUGCCUGUUUUCUAAUUGAUUUCAUGUUCUUCGAGACUACUAACUAGGAACCAAGCAGGAUGUACAAGUGAGCGUACAACAUUCCUGGAAGAACAAGGCCACAAAGCCAUAAUGAUCAGUCUCAAAUGCCCAAACAUAAAACAACCUUUAAACAGAUAGUUCAACGAAAGUA